GAUAUUUCAAAUAAACAAUUAGUGGAAAUCUCCAAGUAUUAGUAAAACCAAAUCAUGACAAAUGUAUCAGGACUUGUUCCUAUAACUGUUACUUCAAGGUAUACUACGGCCAAUGUAUCACAAAAUGGAAAUGAAUCAAAUGGAUAUAUUAGUACCGCGUAUAGUGGAUAUGGAUAUAUGGCACCAAUAGGGUAUGGACAUCGAGGAGUUGAAGAUAUUAAUAGAGUUAUAAUGUCAUUAAAAUCAGGUAUUGAUUCAGAAGUUAAAUGGGCAUUAAGUACUUUAACAAGAAUAUCUUUACUGGGUAAUUUAAGUUUAGAAAGUUCACCAUUUAUAGGUCAAGAAUUAAUUAAAUAUUUUAUUAAACCAUAUCAAUUAUUUGUGGAGAAGAAAUUUAAUAAAGUUAAACAAGAUCAUAUUGGUUUUAGUUUAGAUUCUUUAUUAACAUUAAGAAAUCUGGUACAAGAUUUACAUAAUCAACAAUGGUUAGCAGAAGUUAAAACUUUUAAGAAAAGUAUUAUUGAAGUAAUUAAAUUUCUUUCAAAUUGGUUUUAUAAUGGUACUUAUCAUUCAUAUUCUCUUAGUCAAUAUGAUAAUCAAUUUAAAGAAGCAUUUUUAUAUGUUCUUGAUUUACUUGAACCAUUAUCAUGUUAUUAUAUUGAUAAUACUAAACAUGAUCCAUUAUUUAAUUUAUUAUUUUCAAUAGUAACUUUAACUACUGAUAAAACUAUUUUAAUUAGUGUAUUAAAGUCAUUAAGUCAUUUAUUAAUUAUUCGUGAUAAAAAUUUUAAGUUUGAACAAAUAGAAGAUGAUGUAGGUGAUGAUCAUGAUGCACAUCUUCAUGAAGAAGAAACCAAAGAAAUAGAUUUAAUUCCUAAUAAUUGUAUUGAUUCAAUUACAACUACUCAACUUGAAAGUUUAAUAAAUAAAUUGUUAAUAAGUGAUAAUGAAUUAAAUUUUGCAAUUUUGGACUUUAUUAAAAAUUAUUUACAUUCAGAAGCUUUACAUCCAGAUUAUCCAAAUUCAGUAAGAGAUUCUCAAAUUCAUAGAUUGAAUCUUUUAUUAGAAAUAAAUACUACUAAAUCAAAUUAUCAUACAUUAGUUAAACAAUUACCAUUAUUAUUAUUAGCUAAUUUACCUUUAAAUGAUCCAUCUAAUAUUAAACCAAUUCCUCAAUUAAAUUUAACUAAAAGAUCUCAAUUUUCAGGAGUUCCAACGACUUUACCAGAAUUAACUCCUGAUUUAUAUGCUAUUAUAGUUAGAUUUCCUGAACCUUUAAGAGCAACUACUUGGUUACGUUGUUGUUAUGAACCAUUUGCUCAUACUCGUAUAAAUUCAACUUCAAAUAAUAAUGAUUCAAAUAGUAUUGUUGUUCCAGGAGAAGUCACUCAAAUUUCAUUAUGGAAAGCUUAUGAAAGUCAAUUCCAAGAAAUUUGGGAUACUUCUGAUGGUAAAACUGCUAGUUCAGAAUAUAAACCAUUAUUACCAGCAGUUGAUUUUAUUAAGAAUGUAUCUCGUGCAUUCCCUAAUUCAGAAGCUAUGGUUGUAAACUUAGAUCAACAAGAAGGUGAUGCACCACCUAAAAAGAAAUUUAUUAUUAAAGGUAUUCAACCAAGACAAUUUUCAGUCAGUAUUGAAGUUGGAAAUUAUGAAGCUUUAAAGCCUCCUCCUAUAAGUUCUACAAAUCCUGAAGAAAAUUAUAAAUUACCAAUUGGUCAUAUUGAUUCAGAAAAAUUUAAUCAUUCUUUAAAUGCUUUAACCGAAUCUAUUAUAUCCGAUGGUCCAAGAUUAAGUAAGAAUAUGGAUUCUGUUAAUGUUCUUAACUUAAUAAGUUAUGAAUUAUUAGAUUAUAUUCUUACUGAAGUCUUAGAAGUUCAAGGAAAUGCCAAAGCAGAAAAUAUCUUUAGAUUGUAUAAUAACCAUUGGUUACCUGAUCUUGUCUAUGCCAAUCCUACUUUGUUGGAUAGUGGACUUUUCAAUCCUAAAUGGUUAAAGUAUUUCUUCUAAAUGUAAUAGAUUUGUAAUAUAUAUAUAAAUAUUGAUUGUAACUUUUUUGACUAUAAUUCAAAUUGAUGCAUGGCGAUAUAGAAUUCUGCUAUAUGAUAAUAGUAAUUUUACGAUAUAAAUAGCUUAUUUUUAAUUAGAGAAGUUUAUCAUUCUACACUACUGUACAUAUGAGGCAUUGCUGUUCAUAAAUAAAUUAUAUAGACACCUU